AUGGAAAAACUCUACUCGACAAGGCUACGGGCUUCUUGCGCACUGAGCGAUUAUCGCACAGCAUGCUUGGAUGGUCUGGACACUUCUGAUCUUUCAGGCUCUCCGGAACUCAUAGGACGCAUGUUUGAGGAACUAUCAUCGAUUGAUGAAUUGGAAAAAAUGCUCAAAGAAUCUAGAUCGGUUGUUGAAAAAACCAUGACGAUGCUUACGAGUUACUCUCCUUUACUACCUGACGAGGUCUGGGCUCAUAUCUUUCGUAUGGUCUGUAACACGACCCCUUGCGAUCUUCAAGGGAUGGGAAGCAACCAAAAAAUUAUUUCUCGUGGAUAUUACCUAGAGAGUCUAUCUCAUGUUUGCUCUCGCUGGCGUUCCAUCAUCAUUGAGCUGCCUUGCUUGUGGAAUCACAUCGACAUCCUGCACUGUCAUACGAGUAGCGAACGUUUCUUUGCCAGAGGUCUAGUGUUUAUAUCAAGGAGCCGGAAUUUGCCCAUACAUCUUCAUGUCGCAUCUUUCGGAAACUCUACACCUGAAUCUGAUAGUAAACUAGACGAAUUCUGUGCGCACCUAUUUGGUCGGAUCCAUACUUUAGAAGUCAUAUGCCCUGGUGAUCGUCUGGACAAUAGCUCACAAGCGGUGGUUCAGGCUUGUUUAUCGAGCUGUCAACCUGGAGUCUUGCAGCAACUUUCAUUGGCGCAUUUUUGUGGGGUUUCUGAUAGAUCUAUCGGUCAGCUCUCUCGCAGUCAAGAACUCAUAGAGGAUGUUAUGGAAUUUGUUAAAAUACUCUCUCUCAGUGGAUAUUAUUUCCCCCACUUGAGAAAAACAUGGAACAGUUUGAUUGAACUUUCCCUCUGUGCCCCCAAAGACGAUUGCGCUUAUUAUCUUAGACAAAGCGACAUCUCACAACUUCUAGCAUCUUGCCCUCAAUUAAGUGCUUUGCAUUUUGGCACCGGUAUUUCAGAUAACAACAUUAUUAGAAGCAUCCCUCCGAUUCCACUCACAGAUUUAGAGGUUUUGGACCUUCGAUGGUCCGGACACCGUAACUAUGGCGCUUUGUUCUCGCUCAUUUCGCCUACCAAGAGGCCCCUUCGAGUUUUACUUCGAUACCGAUUCACUAAUUCGUCUCCUCUUAACAGUUCUCGAACCAGACAUUUCUUCCUUCACUCGAACAUAAUUCAUCUUUCCAUGAAGGGACCGACCGGAGCUGUCUGGAUCCUCCGUCUCCUGGCAUUGUUACCACAACUUCGAGUGCUAACAUUGAUUGGCUCCACACUAGAUUCGCGUUCCUCUACGAUUCCUCCUAACACUUCGUCCUUUUCUCGACUUUCUCUCUUGGAAAAGCUCCGUUUAGUGCACUGCAGCAUAUCAAUUUAUCAGUUGAGGAACAUCGCACAGGUAGAUCCGAUCAAGACUCUGAUCGUUCAAGAUUGUAACAUCGGAAACUAUGAAAUUUCCGGCGAAGACUUGGUUGGUAUCGCACCCGAGAUACAUUUUAUUGAUUCUUCUGGAAGUAAUUCCAGAAUACAGGAUUGGGAUGAGAAUUUUUGA